GUCCAACAAAUGUGUGAAACAAACAAAAGGCACACGCGUACUUUGCAACAAGUCUUGGUUGAGAGUGUCGUGUAGUAAUCAUUGUUCAAAAUAUCAAAUACGGUGCUUCAGCGAUCCUAAAUUGGAAAAUUCAAGAACUAUAAAAGAUGACAUCCAGUUGUGCCAUUUGCAAUGACAACCAACAGAAAAAUCCACAAUGUCGGCUGUUUCCCUUCCCGGACCCCGGGACGCAACCGAUCCAGUACCAGAAGUAUCUCACCGUUUGCGACCUACAGGAACAAUCGUUGUCACAGCAAGGGACUCUGUAUAUAUGCUCGGCCCAUUUCACCGCAGAUUGUAUUGACGCCGAGGGAAAUUUGGUAGAGGGGUCAGUACCCACGGCCAACCUGGAACGGAUCGAAAUCGAAGCCUAUGCGGAUGAAGAUUUCCAGAUGUUGGAGGAAUAUGAACCACUGUUCAAUGUGAAAUCAACGGCCGAAGCUGCUGUGUCUGUGGAAUCUGUGGCAGCUUCCAGCGAAACACAAGAGAUGGAAACGGAAACACUUCUUGUUCCAAAGGUAGAACCCGUCGAAGAAACCUCAGAGGAAAUUACCUUCGUGGAAACUGAAAUCAAAACGGAAGCCCCAGAAGUCGACGAAGGCAUCCCGGAUCCGUUUGGAAACGUGAUUGCGGCGGGACCAGACAAUGACCCCAAAUAUUGCAUCCUCUGUGGGGACCGGGAAUCAAAAAAUCCCAACUGUCGACUGUACGUCUUCCCGAAGAAGAUCCCUAAAAUCUAUCGCAAGUGGAUGUUGGCCGCUCGACUGGACAUGGCCCGCUAUCAGGACAAGGACAUUUACAGCUGCCAAAAGCACUUCCCAGAGAAUGGGUUCUUCGCGAAUGGAAAGUUCAUCCAAAGUUGGGCAACUCCGAAGCUACAUCUACCUCCAAGAUCAUCGAAGCCCCCACUGAAACCAGCACCGUCAACCGCACCGCAGAUAUUCUUCCUCAACGAACCCGGCCCAUCGACAUCUUCCUGCGCUGCACGACGCCCCGCCGCUGGCCCACAGAUAAUCAUCAAGUCGAAUCCGGCGAACCGGAAGAAUGCCGAAGCGCUUAAUAUCGAUCCAGACAGCUAUGCCAAGACGUUCGCCAAAGUGGUAAUGGAACUGAUGCCCACAAAGCUCAACUACAAUGGAGAACAGCGCCCGGUCACCGGCACGGUCGUGUUUCAAUCCAACUUAUUUUAAAUGGACAACUUUGACAUGUAAGACAACUUCGGAAUAAAUCUCUGCAAUGCUUUA